UGACACUUCUGUUCGACCACUUGUUGGAGUACAAUCACAACAAGCAACAGCUUAUACUCGUACAGCUCGAAAUAUGCCACCUAAUAAUCCAACUGGAUUUUCAGAUUCAAUUGUAGUUGCUGAACAAGAACCAUUAACAUUAGCUGCUCUUGCUAAUGCAACACCAUUAGAGCAAAAACAAAUGUUAGGUGAACGUUUAUUUCCAUUGAUUCAACAAAUUCAACUACAAUUAGUUGGUAAAAUAACUGGUAUGCUUCUUGAAAUUGAUAAUAUUGAACUUCUUCAUAUGCUCGAAUCAACUGAAUUACUUAAAGCUAAAGUUGAAGAAGCUAUUGGCAUACUUCAAACAUAUCAAGCUAAACAAGCAGCAACUAAUUCAGCUGCUCAAAAAAAAUCAUAUAUCAUCAUUUAA